ACACACGUGCAUUAUCAAAAUAUCAACAAUUGUUUUUAAAUACAAAAUGACCGUCUUAGAUGAAAACGACGACGUCCAGGUCGAAAAGUUCUACAAUCAAACGCACCCGGACCCAGACGCUAAAAAGAAUGGCGAGACGAAGCCAACAGUUAAGAAUUUUAGGCAAUGCAUUCAUGAGCUGCUGACAACACACCGGGUUCCAUACUCUGCCAAAGACGAUGAUGAUACCUACGAAGACUAUUUGCUAUCUGACGAUGAAAAUGCGCCGAAAGGGAAAGGCAAAACUAAUAAGGCCAAAAAAGCAAAUCCAGAAAACGAAGAUGUGGAUGAGCGCCUUGCCUCCAUGAAGAACAAGCUGCGUCAAAAGAAGGGACCCACUACAGAGAAGCAAAAGAAGAGGCGUGAGGCCAAAAAGAUGAAGAACAGCAAGGGAGUUAAAAAGUUGCUACAGUCUUCGGCAAAAACGUUAAAAAAUGAAAAUAUCAAGCAGAAGAAGCUGAAGAACGGAUUAGUUAAAAUGGAGAACGGCCAUAUGGAAGCUGAUGAGAGUAAAGAACUUAUUAAACCUGUCAAAAUACAGCCAGUGUUCAACGAGGAGUCCAAGAUAGUUUACUCCAAGAUUGACUUUGCAGCGAAUCCAGGCCAGAAGGCCAAGAAAUCACAUCAAAAUCCAAAAGAAAUACUGAAAAAAUUAAAGGAUACUCGCCAGCAAAUAAACGAUCUAAAGGAACAAGGCGAGUCGGAGAAGGCAGCAGAACUGCAAAAUGACAUUGCCUGGAAGAAGGCGUUUGACAAGAUCGAGGGCAAGAAGGUGAAGGAUGACACCAAACUACUGCAGAAGGCCAUUAAGAAGCGCAAGGUGGAGAAGCGCGUGGCCAAGAAGAAGUGGACAGAGCGCAAGGAGAAGGUGGAUCACGAUAUAGCCAAGCGCCAGAAGAAGAGACAAGAGAAUCUUGAUAAGCGUAGCAAGGACAAAAAGAAUACGAAGCUAAAGAAGGCGAGCAAAAAGGGACGAAUUAUAGCCGGCUACUAACUACCUUUUUACAAUAGCUAACUCUGUUCAAAUAAAAAUGUUGAUUCAAAAAGCAAAAUUC